UGGAGGCGAUACAACCAUGUGCAAGUUAUCAGCUCUUGGAAAUUCGUGCAAAGGCUGGGAACUUGUAAAUUAGCAAUGCUCUAUCCAUUAUCCUCUAUUUUGUAUCUUGGAUCCAGAACUGGGAAGCUCUGUCUCUUCAAGAUGUUGCUGGCCCCCACCUCAUUGCUGACUGCUGGUGGCCCUUGCUGGGACUAAUAGAAGUUCAAAACACGUUAGUUCUCUACCCCAUAGUUCUUUAGACACCCUAAACGUAUUACACAUUUCUUAAAAGCAAACACAAAUGCUACAGUAAAAUCUCCGUCAAGGUGCUGGGAUAACUUUAUCACCUACAACGUGUGUCCGGCCCCCCACGGCUUCGAAACUAGCCGUGCCCAGAAGCGUUUCAAAUACCAAGGAGCUCUUUCAGGUGACUGCAUAUCUCGAUACGUUUUGGCCCUCCCUCAUGGCUUUCCGAUCUCUAAAUAUAAGAAGCACCCAGUCUCCCUGACGGAGGCCCAGCUGAAAGUUGUCUCCCAAGCCUGGGUGGGUUGGCAAAUCAUUUACUUGGCAGGAGAGGUGAGAAUGACUUUUCCAACGUGUGACCCAGGGAGGGUGUCCUUCGCUUGCUGAAUUUACCAAACCGGUUGGAACUUCACCUUCAAACCAGGAAAUGCUGAGCUCUUCGAGCCUCCGGUUCCUUCGCCCCCAACUGCUGUGCAGAAUUUCCUCCAUACCUUUCCAGGUUCCUCGGGAAAUGUCCCAGGAGCGAAGCGGCAAGGCCGCCCCGCCGGGCCUGAUCCACCGGCUGGACCACCUGGUGAUGACGGUCCGGAGCAUUGAGGACACAGCCGCUUUCUACUCCCGGGUCCUUGGCAUGGAAGUCGUCUCCUUCAAGGGAAACCGUCAAGCUCUGCAUUUUGGCCAGCAGAAAUUCAACCUCCACGAGGUGGGGAAGGAAUUUGAACCCAAAGCCCACCGGCCGACCCCUGGCUCUUUGGACCUCUGCCUCGUCACAGAGAUGCCUCUGGAACAGCUGGUGGGACACCUGGAGGUAUGUGGGGUCAGCAUCGAAGAAGGCCCAGUGGCCAGAACUGGGGCGCUUGGACCAAUAAAAUCCAUUUAUUUCCGAGACCCGGACCAUAAUCUGCUGGAAGUCUGCAACUACGGUGGGAGUGACUUGUGAAAUUUCCAAUUUCCAGAGAGAAAUGAGGGAAAGUGGCACUAAAUGACUGUUUAGGGAAGUUUUUAAUAUUUGAUGAAUUAUUGUAUUUUAAUCUUUUGUUGGAAGCUGCCCAGAUGGGCGGGGUAUAAAUUAUUAUUAUUGUUGUUGUUGUUGUUGUUGUUGUUGUUGUUCU